AUGCACAGCUCCGGCAUAUACAGAAAGGUCAGGGAGGUGAUCGAUGUGGAUAGCCGCUAUUACCUAGUGGGAGGGGACUAUCCACGUUGCAGCAAGUGUUUGAACCCUUCCCUCUUAGUCUGCCCAUGGAGCCAGGAUAUUCUGUCCCAGUUGGAUGUGGCACACAGGAGCCUGUUCCCCGCUGUCCUCACCACCCAGCUGGCUCUUGACAGGAAAGCAGUGACUUUCCUCAAGCCAAGGACCAGUGGAAACAGUUCCUCCUACGUCCAGUCUGCGAUGGAAGAAGCGCACAGUGAGGAGUGGGCACGGCAGACCAUCCGCUACCUCUCGGACUGUGAGCGGCACAAGAAGAUGGCUACCUUCAUCCCCUCUGCAGCUGUCUAUCUUCCUCCACCAACCUUCAGGCCCCUUCCACUUGCUCAAUGGUUUGAGACGGUCCACUCCAACGACAUUCUCAGCCAUCUGGAUGAGAUGAAGGGAGUGAUCACUUCAACCUAUGGUAGAAUUCUGAAAAUGGAUUCAACAAAGAAGAUCACCAAGAAGCUGGCUGGCGGGAUCGGGGACAGUGCGGCAUGGAUGUCCAAUAUCGGAAACGAGUUAGGCCAGGUCCUGAACUCUGUUCUGACGUCGGGUGAAGGUGCAGGGUUGGAAGAGUUGUGCCAAGGCGUCGUCACUCGGUACAAGAAUGCAGGCCAAGCUGAACCUGAGGCCAUCUAUGUCGACCGAGACUGCUGCAGCCAGUCAGGCGUGUCUUCAGUGGCUAAGCUGUUUUACCCAUGGCAAACUACAGUGCGCUUGGACAGCUUCCACUUCAUGAGGCGCUUUAACUGCGGCCUCACAACAGAACACCACCCUCUGUAUGGUAUUUUCUGUGCCAAGCUUUCCUCCUGCAUUUUUGCAUGGGACCAGGAGGAUGUGCAACGCCUGAAGGAGGCCAAGAGAGAAGAGUGGAGGAGCAGCCACAGCGGGCAUACUCCCACUGAGGAGCAGCUCAGGAUCCCGAACACCACAGGCCACAUUAGACAGCUGCUGGAGGACAGCAGGGUUAUCGUGGUCCAGACGGCGCUGGCUCUGGUGCCGGUGAACAACACCACGGUCUCUGCAUGGCUGCUUAGGAGGGACAAGAGGAAGGACAGGAACAUGCUGCUGCAGGGCAAUGUUCUCCCUCAACAGCUAUACCUGGCCAAGGAGCCUCUCCCUUCAUCAAACACUCUCCCGGCUGCCCCUGUGCAACAUGCACAUGAGAUGACAUUUGACGAGCCCGAAAACCGUGAGGGGGAAGCUUUCCCCCGCCAGCGCACUCUAACGGCUCCUCCAUGUCAAGCUCCUCCAGAGUGCCUUCCAGGCAUGCUGAUGACCGACUGA